CCUGCAGAGCAAGAUCUCACCGAGGAGGAGAGGAAGAGAAGGACUGCAGGACCCAGAACCUCUGCUGCUGUCAGAACCACCUGUGGCUCCAGCUGCUGCCUGGAACUUCAUAAACUUGGGCCAACCGCUGCAGAUGGCUGUGAUGCUGAGACCAUGGACGAUGCUGGUGGCCGCUGUGCUGUGUGUGCUGGUCUGUCUGGGAGCGCUGGCAGACGCCUACCCUCCAAAGCCAGAGAACCCGGGAGAGGACGCUCCGCCUGAAGAGCUGGCCAAGUACUACACGGCCCUGAGACACUACAUCAACCUGAUCACCAGGCAGAGAUACGGGAAGCGCUCGGCUCAGGAGGAUGUGGUCGCAGAGCUGCUGUUUGGAGGCGACAGCAGCAGAGACCAGAGAUCAAGAUUCGAUAACUCUUUCAUGUGGUGACGCUGCAGCCCUCCAUCCUCCUCAUAGUGCUUCUCUUCUGGGGCCUUCCCAGAAUGCACCUGGAGGAGCCAACAGGUGCCUCUCACCCCCUCUAAAGCCAACAGAAUGACCAUCGCUGACUGGAGCACAAGCUCCCUCUAUCUCUCGUCAUUUCGACAACUUUGUUGUUCCAACAGUGCCGUACCGUAAAUCAGUGUCCAGAUUAAAACAUGUGAGGUCACAGCAGCCAAUCGAACGGGGAGCCGUGUCUUUGUGUCCCUCCAUCACUGUAUUGUGAAGACAUUCUGUUUCGCUGUUGCCACUGCCGAGAGGAAGAACAGAGGAUGUGAAUAAAACCAUUUUCUGUGUGA